AUCCGUGAGAAUACAUCUAUCGAUAUGUAUAUUUGCUUGUUAUUACGCCGUAACUAAUACUUAUUAUCAGCAUAAAGAUAUAUGGAUGUCUGCUGAAGUACCAUGUGUAAAAUGUAAAUGUCAGCACGGAAAUGUACAUUGUGUUGGUGAACCUCAUCAAUGUCCAUCAGUAUGUUUACCUGGUCAAUAUAGUCAACCUGCCGGUCCAUGCUGUCAUACUAUAUGUAAAGGAACAGUAUCGAAAGAUAUUACUUUCGAAUUCGCUAGUUGUUUAAAGAUAGGUGUCGAUACUUUGCAUUCACAUGGUGAAAUGAUUACACUUAAUGGUAUUUGUGUUGAUCAGAAAUGUCAGUGCGUCAAUGGCCGAUGGAAUUGUUUCGAUUAUUGUACACCGUUAUCAGAAUUAUCUUGCCCUUCAGAUGAAAUGAUAAUAUGGGAUCCUUUUUGUUGUCCUAGAUGUCGAGGUGAUCAAACAUGUUCAGUAAAUAUUGAUAUGAAAAAUUGGUUAUCCAAUCCAAAUGAAAAAACUAUAGAUACAUUUAAAAGACUUGAUUUGAAUUCAACCGAAUGGUCACAAUCAUUAAAUAAUCAACAAGAAAAAUUAUUAUUUGAACCAAUUACAAAUAUCAAUGGUAAAGUGAAUACAGAAAUAAUUACAAUUCAACCUGGACAACAGAUAGUAUUGGAACAAGGACAUUGUUUUUGUUUAAAUGCAAGUAUUUAUUGCCCAAGGCCAGGUCGCCUAAUCUGGCAUGAGGAUGAUUGUUUUUAUAUGGAUGGACAAGAAAUUUCAUAUCAUGCAGUUGGAACACGAUGGAUUCCAAGUUUUGAUCAUUGUACUGAAUGUAUAUGUGAAAUAAACCGAACAUAUCGUUGUAAACGACAAUCAUGUCAACAAUUAUUUCUCUGUCCACCUGAACAGAUACCAAUGGCAAGUGAAGAUGAAUGCUGCCCUUCAUACUGCGCUCUACCCUCUCAAAAAAAUCGAGAAAAACCAAACAGUUUCAAGCAGGAUAUUCAAAAGAAUGAUGAGUUGAAUACUGAUUCCGUGAAGCAACAAAAUAAAAUGAUCCAGAUAUUAAUGAAUGAAACUAUUCCACAAAAGCCAUCAUCAUCGUUAACACCACGUAACACUGGAUGCUCAUCACUGAUAGACAAUGAAAAUAUUAUACAAUAUCCAGAUGUCUUUCCUUUUGGAUCUCGUCUUUUAUUAUUUCGUACAUGUCGUAGUUUACUGUGUAUAUGUGCCAAGGACAACAGAUGGGUCUGCACAGAUCACUGCCCACCAUGUGAACAAUCUGUGGAAUCUAUUGAGAAUUUAAGACAUAUAUUACUCCCGCCAAGAGAUAAAUGCUGUGAACGAUGCAAUGAAAAGACAAAUACCAUACACAUAACUAAGCAACUAAGUCAGAAUGAGUUAAAAAGUCAGGAAAAGAUUUUUAUUCAAGCAAAUAAUCAAACAAAUCCUCACUAUUUAAACAAUGAACAAGCAAAUAUUUCUACAGAAAUGAGACUUAAAUUAACACUGAAAAUGUAUAUUUUAAUAUUUAGCAUAAUAUUAAUUUGUAUAUUUGGAUUACCAAUUUCUAUCUUAAUUGGAUGUUAUUUAAUGAAAAGUCGGUAUGAUCAUCGUCAUCGCCAUCAAUAUAAACGCAAAAGCGAUUACCAUCAGUAUACUAUGACUACUACUGCACCGAAAACAACACGGUCAAGAUAUCGUCGCUAUUACCAACGGUGUUAUUCACGUGUUAAACCUUUUCUAGUAAAAUCACUACAUGAUUAUAACAAGGAUCAAUCGGAAUUAGAAGCAUCAAUAAAAUCACCUAUUUCAGUAUCAACGUCGUCAUCAUCGUCAUCAGUGUCACCAUCCUCUUCACCAGUUUUAAUAUUAAAAGAAUCUUAUAAAACAAAUAAUCGAGCGAAUUAUAACUUGACAUCAAUGCCAUCCACAACAAAAAUAACAAAAGUAUCAGAAAAUGAAUGUAAUUCCAAAUCUAUACAUCAUCGUUAUCGUCAGCAUCAUCACCAUUAUAUUCAACAUUUGAAAGCAAACAAACGAGAGAACACUAUCAUCAAUAAUGAUGAUAUAAAGUUAAUUCAACCGUCAUCAACAAUAUCCAACACUAAAUUAAAUGAACUUGUUAAUUCAAAUGAUCAUCAUCAUAAUACUGUUAAUUAUGAAAAUCAAAAUAGUAAAAGUUAUAGUCCUAUUAAAAAAUUUAAUGAUUAUAUACUUCCAACAAUGAAUACAACUGUAGCAAAAAUUACUAAUUCACCUGUAAUUAUUAGAUUGAAAUCAUUGAAUGAAACAAAUUAUACAUUGAAAAAACAACAAAAUCAGUCAACUUUAAUUAAAUCACUUUCUAUAAAUGAUGAUAGUAACAAUUGUAAUAUUAAUAAUAUUGAAGAUCAUCAAAUAAUUGAAAGUAAACAUAUAAAAGAUACAAUUCUACAACAAUAUGACAACAAUAAAAGAAAUAAUAUUAAAACAAUAAAAGAAAUAACAACAUCUAGUUCACAAGAUAAAACAAACUGUAAAUCAAUAAAUCAACGAAAAAGUUCAAAAGAAAUUUUAUUAAAAAAUUUAAUAUUAUCAAUGGAUACUAAUUAUCAUCACCAAAAUAAUGACAAUAACAAUAAACAUAUUACUUAUAACAAUGAUAAUAAUAAUACUAAUAAUAAUAGUCAAUGUAUAUCACAUAUAAAAAGUGAACCAUCUACACCAAAUAUUUUUAUGCAUAAUGUAACAUUUAAUUCGUAUUAUUCUACUACAUGUUCAUCGCCUUGUUGUUCACCUAGUCCAAUAACAGUAAAUGAUUAUAACAGUUCACAAGAUAAGACUACAAUAACAACUGUUUUAACUAUGAAUAAUAAACACAUGAAUUCAAUUGAUAAACAACAAAAUAAAUUAAAUCAAUUGGAGAAUGAUGAUAAAAAAGAGGUAAUAAUCAUGCGAGAAAAUAUGACAUCAUCACAAAUAAUUGAUAAUCAGUUGAAUAAUCAAAAUGAAUCUGAUACGAUCAAAAUGAAACACGAAUACAAUCAGAAUAAUGCACCGAGAAUAAUUGAAAAUAUAAUAAAACAACAAAUAGAGAACUCGAAUCACCAGCAUCAUCAAAUAAUAUGUGAUGAAAAGAGUUUAAAUAAUGAAAUAUGUUGUACUACUAAUAAUAAUAAUGACAAUAAUAAUAAUAAUAGUGAUAAUAAUAAUAAUGACGAUAUUUUAUUGACACAUUUACUAACUGAAUCGAAUGAAAACAUACCAUUGUACACUUGUUAUUAUCAACAAUGUAAUAACACUAACACUACUGAACAAUUUUACAAUAUUCCUAAAAAGCAGAACACUUGGUCAAAUGGCAAUAGUAACAGUGAUAGUCAUGGACUAGUCACAUGGCCAACUAUACAGCAUUUCACAUCUCAUCCUAUUCUACACAGAUAA